UGCCCAUCGUGGGGGCCACUGGACAACGUUGCAGUGUGUGUGUCGGACACUAUGGGACCAGGGCUGUACCAUCACUCUACUAGUAGACAGGGGUACAUCCAUGGAGCCCCCCAUCCCUUUAACAUUGGACCAGCUCAACACUGUCCUCACCCCUUUGUUUGAGCUGGCUACAGACCUCGUCAUGAACAUGAUGGAGACGAUGCAGCUCUGGCAGGUGUUUGAAUUGGAGGAUGAGGAGAUGGAGGCCAGCAUGCACUUCUCCGCCCCUCUGGAUGACGGUACCCUGGUGGACCUGAGAUGGAUCAGGAGCCUCACCCUUCACACCCUUGAGCUGCUCUACCUCGAGGCUCGCUGGGAGACUCUGGCUCACCUUGCCCUGCUCUUCAACUCACACACACGAGAGCGCUACACCCACAUGAUCACUCCUAUCCUGGUCCAUGCUCAGAGGAGACUGCUAGAGAGGAUCAGCUACUUCGGAGGACCUCCGGUCCCUCAGCCACACUUCAUCAAAACACAGAACGUCACUGGAGAGAAGAUCACCUGUAAGAACUAUGUAGGGAGACAGCUGCUGAAUUGCUGGACUCCCCCUGCUGUGCCUGCCCCCAGACGAGGGUGCAACACUCCCACCAACCCAAACGCUGAGCUCCUCGAACUCUCUGAGGUGCGCCGGGCCAUGUGUUUGGUGUGUGUUCCUCUGGAUGUGGAGGAUACACUGUGUUGUUUCAGGGAGGCCCUGGAGAAGGGCCAUCACACUCUGAAGAACUUCCAACACAGCCGCACACUGCUACUACUGCUGCUGGCACACACACAGCCCUUGUUUGAGGUUCCAUUCUGUAAGGAGAACAGUAGCAAGGCUCAGGGUCAUGGCAGGGUGGACUUUAACGUGACGGUGUGCACUGCCCCGGCCAUCGGCCCUCCAGACCUGGCCACUGAGGACUACAGGACCCUGAGUUCUAUCUACGGCUGCCCUCUGCCCCCCAACCAGAUACACACCGUCAUCAACUCCUAUAGCAACUCCAUACAGUACCUUCAGGCCAACAACCAUGACUCUCUCAGGGUACAGGCGCUACAUGACCUGGGAAACCUGCACUAUUAUAAUGGAAACAGAAGGGCAGCUCAUUCCUACUGGAGCAAGGGAGUGGACUGUGCCCUGCAGAGCUCUGGGGUGCUAGACUCAUGGGACGGGGUGUCGUGGGGUACAAGUUCCCUCCAACACCAACCCACCCUGAAGCAGGCUGGAGUCUGGGGCUGUCUGCAGGGAGCUUUACUGACCGCUAAGAUCGCACAGUAUGCCUUGACCUCCAAUAUCAGUCAGCGCACAAAAUGCUGCCUCCUAUCUGCCCAGCUUUUCAAGUGUCUCCUGCGGGCCUCCCUGCCCCACCCUCAGAGUGACCUGCAGUACUCAUCCUAUACUGUAGGAGAGGAGCUGGUUCCUGGUCUGGACCUGUUCUCUGAACCUGACCGAGGACACCUGGGAACCACUGUGUCCAGCCUGGCCUUCCUCUGCCACUGGCUCUACACCUCAGGACACCAUCUCACAGCCCUGCCUAUGCUUGCUCUCUACCUGCAUUUUGUGGGGACUGUGUGCCGAGACCCACACCUCACCAUUAAAGGAAGGAUACUGAAGGUGAAGGUGCUGACAGAGCUGGGUCAGUACUGUCAGGCCAUGAAGGAGACAUCCCAGAUGACUCAGGGAGAGGAGAUCCCACUGCCCCACGGAUGUUACAGCGGCAUAGAGAAACAUGCGACAAUCAGAAAGUUCUUCACCAACAAGUCUCUCAUGGACUCUGCAAACAUACAGGCCCUGGAGGACUUAGUGAACCGUCGUCUGGGCACAGAGGCCAGUGUUCUGUAUGGCUCCAGACUGAGCAGGCGUCUCACCCUGGCCAGAGUACAGCUCAUACUGGCCCUCAGCUCCACCAUACACUCCCUGCCUGAACCUCAAGAUAUCUCAGAUGGGGCGGUGCGUUGCAGUGUUGUGAGGAGGACAUCCAGUACCCCAGGUAUCCCUAACUCUCCCCCCGGAGAGAGGGAUAGUGACAGUGACAAAUCACACAGUGGCUCCCCUACCAGGAAGACCAGGGAGCCCAAAGGACUGCACAUUGACCCCCAGAAAGACAAGCUCACCCUCAGCAAAUUCAAGGCAUUACUGCUAAGAGAGGUGUGUCGUCUCCUGAGCCCCCAGCAGCAGCUCUGUCUUUCCUCUCAGCUCCACUCUGACCCUGAGGAACUGGAGCUGGCUAUAGACACCUACCUGCUACUGUCUAACCUCUACCUGCAGCAAGGCAAAACCGCUUACAGUGCUGACAUGGCAGUGUCUGCUAUGAGUCUGCUCCAGAACUCUCCCAUCACUCUGAGGGGAAGCCCCUCCCCUGUCCACAGACCCCUCUCCUCCUCCCUCAGAAGACAGUCCAGACCUAAGAGUGAACAGGGCGGUAUGAGGGAGGCUGAGCACCAUGCCCCCAGUCCACAGCCAGGUGACUGUCCCCAGGUAGUAGAGGCCAGAGAGAGGAUGGAACGGGCUCUGUGGCUCCGCUGUAGACUGGCUGUGGUACGCAGUCUGGUCGCACACAUCCCUGGCACUGCCAUCUACCCAGGUAUGGACAGCAGUGUGGAGGCCACCACGCUGUUGAAGGAGGGUCUACAGGAGGCUGAGGUGUGGGGAGACCCAGACACCAGAGCCCUGUUUCUCCUCCAAGGGGCUAGAUUGGACACACACAGAGGACUGCCCCGCGAGAACAGCACCUCACUGCUACAGGAGGCAGUGAGUCUUCUGUCGGGUCACUCCUGUCUGCCUCCUGGCUCCAGUGUAACGUUGGCCCAGGCCACUCUACUGCUCAGUGAUCUGAGAGGGACAGGCAGCCAGGCCCUACACCUGCUCACACAGAAACUACUACAGCAACAGCUGUGUGUGUUGGGGGAGAGUGUGUCAUUGGGGGAGAGAGGCAGAGUAAUCCUCCCUCCAGCCCCUGGUCUCUCUAACAUCUACCUCCCACAUCUCCCACUACUGGCCAAGGCCACCAUGCGCCUGGGUCACUGCUUGGCUGUACAGGCCAUGACCAGCGCCCCUUCCUCCAGCCUGUCUACCCCCAGCCCCUCCAGCCAUCCCUGGGUGUGUGCUCAGGAGGUGCUGCAGUCAGCCCUGCUCGUUUCCCAGGCAUGCGCUACCAGAGACAGACAGCUGGAGGCUGAUAUCCUCUACUGCAAGGGGAUGGUGGAGCGCUGUCUGAUGUCUCUCGGUGACUUCCAGCCUCAGACAGUUGCGCUGACACUACUGGAGAGCAUCAAUAUCUCUCUGUCCCAGAGUCACAAUCUACAGCUGAUCCGUAAGUGUUAUCUGGAGAUGGCGUUAGUGUACUUGCACCAGUGGGAGCAGAGCAUCCCAGCAACUCAGGACCAGCAGAACCCCGUCCCACCUUCACCACCUAAAAAUGCCAUACUGAAGCCUCCAGGUUGGAAGCGUGUCAGGACAACUCUGAACAGAGGCCUGACUCCAGGGGAGGCCUACUUAUUGCUCUACUGGGUCUCUGUCCGAGCUGCUACUAAGGCGUCUGAAGCCAUGUCCACAUGUAGCCAGCUGUGUGGUAGUACCGGAGCUAAAGGAGGACACCUGCCUCUCAUCUCCCUCAAGCUCCUGCCUGACUUUGCCUCCAACGACCUGCUCAACCCCUGUGGAGGGAUAGAUGUGAUGGUGAGGACUGUCUCCAGCUCGUCUCCAGAGCUUGAUCCAGGGCUGAGCAGCAGGAAACGCUCCCAGCUCACAUGGGUCCACCUGUCCCGCUACUACAAACACCUGUUCAACCUGCAGCACAUCGCCAUGCGCCAAGUGGUGCCCCAGUGUGUGGAGGGCCUGGUGUCCCAGUCAGAAGACAGUAGUCUGGCGCUGAGGUUGGUUCAGCUCCAGACCUUCUUCUGUUCCCACAUGGUGGGCUACAGAGAGUCCUGCUGCGCCCCUGAACCCCCCACUGAAAUCAUCAUGCAGCCACAGAUUAUACAGAUGUGUCCUACAGUGAGAGGCACUAUGGGAGCUCAGAUGUACCCCUGGUCCUUUGCUGACAGGAAGCAGCUGUGUAUCCAGUGGCACCGUCCUGCUCUCAGCCACACCCAAGAAGACACGGAUACGGUCAUGCUGCUGUUUGGGCUGAACAAAGUGCCACUCUCGGCCAUGAGGGCCACAGCCUGCACUGUCAUAGAGCUGCAGUGUGGACAGAAACUCGUCAGCAUGGCGAAACUGUGUGCAGUCCAUGCUCAGCUGGCCUCAGCCUGUGUUGGGGGUAACGUCUCCUCUCCGCCUGCUGACAGUAGCGCCCCCUCCUCCCCCAGCCCCAAGAUGGAGAGACAACGCCGCACCAAGAUCCCAGACAAGGCUGCUACCUCCAGCCCUCACAUACAGAUGCUACAGGAGCAGACCAGGUGCUGCUGUGCUGCUAUAAAGGACUUACUGCAGCCUGGUUCAGAGGCAGCUGUUCUCACUGAGGUUCCGUUUGAGGCCAGCCUACAUAGCCUGUGUGAUCUGGAGCGCUGCUUCAACCCAACCAGUGGAGCCAUUGUGGAGGGAAACACACUGAUAACAUGGCUCAUCUCCCUGCUCGUCUGAUACCCUAUCCAGUCUAUGGACCGGCACAGCACCAUAGAAAAAGACAAACCCAAUGACAGGAAUCAAAUGGCCAAGACCGAAGAUAGCAUAUUGCACCUACCUAGCAAAGUGACUUCACCAGAUUCUUUCACUCUGAAAUAAAUGAGCAUAGAUAGAGUAUUUUUGCAAAAACUAAAUUCAAGCGCUUUUCAUUUCUUAUUCUUUAUUAAUGUAUAUGACUAAGCUCACAAAUCAAAUGUAUAUGAAAAGGCUCAUGUGUUGUCAUAAAAUACAAAUUGGACCUCUUAGAACAGCAGUGGUAAAGUUUCCUAUGACUCUGGUUUCCCCAACUGGCGGGCUGAAUUUGGCUCGCAGAUGGUUUUAUUUAGCCCCGCAAGCUUGUUGCUCAAUAUAGUUGAUUAUCCCUGCUAGAACUCCUCUGAUUAAAGGUCCCAAAUAAAAAUUGCCUUUGAAUAACCAAAA